AGGAUCUGGACAUCUACUUGCGGUCUUCUACCACACUAGUUCCUGCUGACAGUUGGGGAUUCCUAACCUGACAGACAAAAAAAAGGAUGAGUUCUCAUCAGGAGAAAGAUUGCAGCCGUGUUCCAAAGGAAUCCUCCUGUGGGGGUGGAAGGGCCUCCUGUGACAACGAAACAUCUUCUUCCUGUGGGUCCAGGGGUAAAAGCGGCUAUGCAGUGAAUCCUACACCUUCCUGUGGUUCCAGGGGUAACAGCAGCUGUGGAGUGAAUCCUACACCUUCUUCCUGUGGGUCCAGGGGUAACAGCGGCUAUGCAGCGAAUCCUACACCUUCCUGUGGUUCCAAGGAUAACAGCGGCUAUGCAGCGAAUCCUACACCUUCCUGUGGUUCCAGGGGUAACAGCGGCUGUGCAGUGAAUCCUACACCUUCUUCCUGUGGGUCCAGGGGUAACAGCGGCUAUGCAGCAAAUCCUACACUUUCCUGUGGUUCCAAGGAUAACAGCGGCUAUGCAGCGAAUCCUACAUCUUCCUGUGGCUCCAGGGGUAACAGCGGCUGUGCAGUGAAUCCUACACCUUCUUCCUGUGGCUCCAGGGAUAACAGCGGCUGUGCAGUGAAUCCUACACCUUCUUUGCCAAAGCAGCCUGCCGUGCUGGUCCCACUACCAGGCCAAAAACAGCCUCCUGUGUGUGUCCAAUCUACUGGCCAACCAGAACCUCCAGUGUGUAUCCUGCCUCCUGGCCCACAACAACAACCUCCCAUGUGUAUCCCUCCUCCUGAACAACCCCAAUUCCAGCCGCAGAUGAAGCAGCAGGUCAAGCAACCUCCCCAGUGGCCCUGUCAGCCAAAGUAGACAACAGAAGGAAAACAAAUGAUGGAGGAUUGAAUUACUUCCAGAUUGCCUUCCGCUCAAGCAACUCCAGCAAUUCCGAUUCCACAACAUUGCUGUCCUAUCAAAAUAAUUGCAACAGCACGCUUCUUUGAUUGCCUUGGAAAUGCAUGCGCUUCUCAUCCACUCUGGGAUCUAGCAGUAGUAUAGCCUGUUCCCUGCUUAAUGCUUCAGUGGCCAAUGAGGGCCAUUAAAAAUAUAUAUAUUUUUUUCCUUCAA